GAAGACAUUGUGUGCAUCUCAUUGUGAGGAACUACAGCCCCGAGGGCAUUUAGCUAAAACUAAAGAUCACUUUGGAUUAUUUGCUGUUUUUUUGUCUGUAUUUCAUUACAUAUAUGGUCAAAGUGUUAACUUUUUUCACUUUAGCACUGGAAGAUGGAUCCUGUUUCUUAGUUUCUUACUUUUCAAGCUGGACUGACUUUAAAGCAUGCGUCGUGGAGACUGGUUGCCUUGGCCUGGUGAGGCUCAGAGACGAGACGAAAGGAGAUCCGAAGCCAGAUUGGCCGAGGGUCUGCAGAGACUCGACCAGGCUAAACAUUACCACCUCAACACACUGGCCAGAGAACAGCGCAGACUUCACAGAGACCUCAUCUCCAUCAAAACAGGUAAUCCCUGGAAAAGAGGACUCCAAAGUUUAGGGCUACGACCCUCCAACCAUGAUGUUGUUCGCCCUGCUGCAUCUUACAAGAGGACCCUGUUACCCAUCAUCCCCAUUGCAGGAAAGGAGAUAGACAGUCACAGGUCCUCUUCACUGCAGGCUCGUGUUCAGGAGUUUAUGAGCAAUGGGGAGAAAAGGGCAGAGCACUCCUUUGAGACGCUCUGUCUGCCAGACCUAAAACAGCAGCUUGUCACCUCUCUCACCGCUACGAGCACAGAUACAGAAAGAGAGGAGAGCAAGGAGAGAGAGAUGGAUGGAGAACAGGACAGAAACAGAGGGGCCCACGUGGACAUAGUUAGGGACAGAGAAAAAGACAGCCAGAAAGACAGGGAAUGGAUGCUGUUAAGGGAACGAGAGAAAGUUAAUGAAAGUGGAGCUGAGGUACAUGGGAAUAGGUGUCCGUCCUCUCCUGUCACAUUCCCCUCUGAGAUGCUGGCUCCGGAUGGACAUUUAAGAACAGUUCACACGUUACCAAACUUUGCUCAGGCACUGGCCGCGGCCCGAAAAGCAAGAUACAUCAGAUACCGAGGACAACCGCUGUGUGAGCGAGAACUCACCAUACGAGAGAUAUUUGCCCGAGAUUCAAGAGCUCCUGCUCAUUGAGACACUAAAACAGUGGUUCUUGACUGGUUGUAAUUACCAUGUUUUAAUUACCGUAAUUACUUGAUGACAGCCUGUCCUGGAUGUUCUACUAGAAGCUGUUCACAUAGUUAGUUCACCAAAAAAUGAAUAUUCUGUCAUUAUUAUCGUUCCAAACCUGUAAGACCUUCAUUCAUCUUUGGAACAUCAAAGGAAAAUAUUCUGGAUGAAAUCCGAGAGCUUUCUGA